AAUCAGUUUAACAGCUGAUUACCAGUUGCACGAUACUUAUUAAUUAUAUACUUAUAUACAAAGUCCACUGAUAUGAUAUCAGCUACGGUACUUAUCAUAAUUAGGUAAAUUUGCAAAAUCAGUUUUGUCUUAGCAUUGCAAGGUAAGCGUGAGGUGGAAACGACGAAGUAAUCACCACGCUUUGCUACAAUUACGACUAAAGCAAAUCCACAAUUGUUUUGAUUUGGAAAUUACAGUGGUUUCGGUAGUGCCUCUUCAACUCCAGUGCACGUAAAAAUAAUUUCUUUAACACGAUAAGAAAUGUGGUCUUCAAGACGUUAGAAAAUAGUUCGUCCGUUUGAUUUAAAAGUGGGACAACAGUGUUUCUGCUUUCUCGUUGACCGACGCAGCACUAGUGAAAUUAUCUAUAAUAGUUUUAUGAGUCAGUAAUGUUUCAGCUUUUUGUGAUCAAUAACCAAAAGAAUAUAACUAGAUCGCGAACCGAAUAUCAGUGCCCAUACAACUAGAAAAGCCACAAAAGUGGGAACUUACAUACUAGUUCAAAAAAUGGAAUAGCAUGCAAUUAUCCAUUGGAAACUGCCAAAGGAAAUUCGCCAAUAUAUCACAAUGAUUAAAGUAACUUACUCGAACAUCCGCUAUCAAACAUACAAAUCCGACCCGAAGUUGCACUACUUAUGGGUCCUUCUCCCACUUAUCGUGGCAGGAGGAUUAUAUGCAUCCAGUUACUUCAUCUUCCAUAGUUUACCUGAUCCCCUGGAGAAUGGCACAGGAUCAAAUUCCGGAAAAUUCGUGGAGUCUUAUGCUCGAAAUAACUUGAAGGAGUUCACCAGUAUUGGACCGAGAUUAGUGGGAAGUAUCGCAAAUGAAAUCCAAGCGAUAAACUUUUUAAUUGAUUCUGUGGAAAAAAUCAAGAUGGCAGCCGCAAGUAAAUACAAUAUCGAAUAUGAGGUGCAGACAGCAGAUUUUGGGUCGUAUAUAUUUGACGAUAUGGUUGAUAUCUACAAAGGUAUUAAAAACUUCGUUGUAAGGCUAUCCUCUGCGGAACAAAAAAGUAAUGCAACCCUAUUGAUAAAUAGUCAUUUUGAUACAGUACCAGAAAGUGCAGGUGCUGGGGACGACGCAACCAUGGUGGUGGUUAUGCUGGAAGUGUUGAGAGUGUUAUCAACUAGCACAAAUACUUUAAAACAUCCCAUUAUAUUCUUGUUUAAUGGAGCUGAAGAAAAUAGUAUGCAGGGCUCACACGCUUUUAUAACACAGCAUAGAUGGGCGAAAGACAUAAAAGCUUUCAUUAAUCUUGACGCCGCAGGGCUUGGAGGGAAAGAGAUUUUGUUCCAAUCAGGACCAGAACACCCCUGGCUGGUUCAGCACUACCAUAAAAGUGCAAUUCGUCCAUAUGGUACGACCAUUGCUGAAGAGGUCUUCCAAAAGAAGUUAAUUCCUUCUGAUACAGAUUUCCGGGUAUUUCGAGACUAUGGCAAAAUACCAGGUCUAGAUUUAGCUCAUGGUUACAAUGGAUUCGUCUACCACACUAAACUGGAUAGGUUCAGUUCCAUCACCAAAUAUGGAAGUUUACAAAAUACAGGAGACAAUGUAUUGGCCCUGGUGACAUCAAUUGUUUCAUCUAAAGAAUUGGAGAAUCCCGACGAUUAUGCAGAGGGUCACACAGUCUUUUUUGACUUCCUCGGAUUAUUUUUGAUAUUUUAUACCGAAGCAGUUGGCACUGCCAUUAAUUUAUCAGUGGUGGUUAUUGCUUUAACAACUGUAUUAUUUUCAAUCUAUUCCAUGAGUAGAAAUUUGAAAUUAUCGCUGGGAUAUAUACUUAAGAAGAUGAUUCUAAUAUUAUUCAUGCAAAUGGCGACAUUGACAUUGGCCGCCGGUGUUUCAAUCCUUAUCGCAGUUAUCAUCGACGAGGCUAAUGCUCCUUUGUUUUGGUUUAGCCAGAAUUGGCUCAUAUUUGGCAUCUACAUUUGCCCAUAUUGUUUUGUUGCAGCUACAGUACCCACUUUAUAUUUGACUUGGAGAGAAAGUGACAUCCCAUUACGAUAUGGUAUUCAACUUUUCAACCACUCUCAUUGCAUCAUACUAAUUUUACUGGCGAUUGCUACGACAUGCCUUUCGAUCCGUUCAUCUUUUGCCAUCACAAUCGGGAUCAUCUUCUAUACUUUGUCAGUAAUAAUAAACUGGGCAACUGGAUUACAGUCACGGGCAUUUUCGUGGCUAAUUCCCGUUCUAGCCUUGCAAAUCAUUCCGUUCCUCUUCUUUUCAUACUUAUCUCAACAACUGUUCACAUUGUUUAUACCAAUUGCUGGACGAAGUGGCUGCACAAGUCAACCGGAAAUUACUAUUUCUGGAUGUGCAAUUAUUAUUGCAGUAAUGACUACUGGAUUUUUGGCGCCUCUCUUCGGUAUCUUACGAAAAUCUAAAACGGUCAUUCUGGGUUUUUUGGUAGUAUUUGUCGCAUUCGCUAUAAUUCUGGCUACUCCCUUAGCGUUCCCGUUCACAAAGGAUGUUGCAGCGGAACGGCAUUGGGUGUUUCAUACUGAGAGGUCAUACUAUGAUAUAAACGGUACAAUGACGAGGAACGAUUCCGGCUACUUUCUCAUUCCACUAGACAGAUAUUUCCCUACAACAAUCAAAGAUAUAAUUUCGGAUACAAACUACACAAGAACUGGGAAAGAUUGCUCCGAGAUGCUCUAUUGUGGGGUUCCAGUGUAUAUAUCCAAAUUUAAACCUCUCUCAAAUUAUAGUUAUUGGAUUCCUGCUGAACGACCUGUCAUUCCUAAUGAAUACAAGGCUGGAAUCAGUCUUCUAAAUAAAACCGCAAUUUCCGAAAGCACAUUUCGCUACAGCUUCGAAAUCGCUGGACCAGCUCAUUUACAAGUUUUCUUCAACCCCUUAAACCAAAGUCAGCUUGUCAGCUGGUCAGUGUGUGAUGAAUUCCCAACAAAGAAAUUUUUCAAGGAGAGCACUUACUUCCUAACUUUCCGUAAUGGCAUAGAUAGCAACAGUUUUCAAUUUUAUUUAGAUUUCAAGGUGCCCGAAAAUUAUGAAGGACCCGUGUUUGAUAUUGCUUUGGCCGCUCAUCACACUAAUUACGAAGUCACCCACACAAAGGAGUUUAAACAGUUCCUGAGUAGAUAUCCCAACUGGGUAACAUUAACACCAAUUGUGAGCUCAUAUAUAGGUUUAAGAUUUUAAAAAUUGGACCCUGAAGAACCAAUUAAAUGGUUCCCGAAAUGUUAUAUAUGCAAUGAAUAAAAAACGAUUUUUAGCCAAAAA